AUGUCACGUGUGUUUACGUCUUCAAUAAGGAUUGAUUUUAAAUCCACGCUCUGUGUAAGUCUAGAGAGAGAAACAGCAUAUUCAUCGAACGAUAUUUCUGUAAAUACAUUCAUCGAAUCGCGCUGUAUUAUUCCGAGUCAACUCAGUUGGUGGAUCGGAGGUUUCGUGAAUCGCUUCUCGUCUAUGUUUCAGAAUUUGAAUUCCUGCUUCUCUCUCAAUGAUGAAGGUUUUUCUUUACUUAGAUUUAGAGAUAGAGUGAUAAAUGAUCCAUCUGGGGCUUUGACAAAUUGGAAUGAUGAUCUUGGGGUGACGAAUCCAUGUUCCUGGUUUGGUGUAGGCUGCUUCAACGGACAUGUUAUCUCUUUGAACCUUAUAAAUCUUCGUCUUCGAGGAACACUUGCUCCUGAUCUUGGAAAUCUAUCUCGCCUAAAGUCCAUAAUUCUCCGUAAUAACUCAUUCUAUGGUACCAUUCCUGAAAAGAUCAAAAAAAUGAAAGAGUUAUUGGUGAUGGAUCUUCGGUACAAUAAUUUCUCUGUAACACUUCCAUCUGAUCUUGGGAACAGUAAAUCACCAACGAUUAUAUUACUAGACAACAACAAGCUUCUCGAUGACAAUUCUCCUGAUCUUCAACAAGAAGUUAAAUCCCACCGGAAACUGCUACAAGACGAAAAUAUACCUGUUCCGGCACAGCCACUUCCACCUUUUCGAUUUCCAUUUCUGUCAUCGCCACCACCAUCACCAUCUCCAUCUCCAUUCCCAUCCCCUUUGCCAUCACCAGUGACGUCACCAUCGUCGUCUCCUUCUCCUGCGCCCUCAACCGUACCAAAUCAAACCCUUUCUCCCGCCCCUUCCACAAGCUCCGGGAUUCCACCUUCCCUCCCUUCUCCAACUUCCCGAAGAAAAAAUUCACACUCGAACAGUCGUUCCAUAAUAAUAAUAUCUGCUGCUAUCGGAGGCUCUGCUUUUAUCGGCAUCGUGGCUCUAAUGUUAUGGCGAGGUAAUAAAGUAGCCACCGUGAGGCCCUGGGCCACAGGACUAAGUGGGCAAUUGCAGAAAGCAUUCGUCACUGGUGUACCAAAGCUAAAAAGAUCCGAGCUUGAAGCAGCUUGUGAAGAUUUCAGCAAUGUAAUCGGAUCAACUUCAACUGGGACUAUAUACAAAGGAACAUUAUCCAGUGGGGUUGAAAUCGCUGUUGCUUCUGUUGCUCCACCUUCCGUUAAAGACUGGUCAAAACACCUCGAAAGCCAGUUCAGAAAGAGGAUUGACAUGCUAUCGAAGGUGAACCACAAGAAUUUUGUCAACCUUCUUGGUUAUUGUGAAGAAGACACACCUUUCACCAGAAUGGUCGCAUUCGAAUACGCACCCAAUGGAACACUCUUUGAACAUUUACAUAUACAAGAAGCGGAGCAUUUAGAUUGGGGGAAUGAGGAUGAGAAUCGCAAUGGGAAUGGCGUAUUGCCUUGA